GUCGGUACUUAUAUGGAACCUUUUGGAUUCACACAUUUGAAUAGUAGAAUAAUAUCAGAAGUAGCACCUGUGGUAUCUAAUCGGAAGUAUAAAAAAUGUACCUUAGAUAUUGCAAAAUUAAGAAGAUCCCAGCAGUUUGCAAUGCGUCGUUUGUUUUAUCCAGUAAAUACACCUGUUUGUGCUUAUCAAAAGAAACUAAUUUUGGAUUCAUUACAUAAUAAUAUACUGAUAGCGCUGCCAAAAGAGUUGGAUACAUUCUUUGUUGCUGCUGUUACGAUGCUUAAUUUCCACAGAUGGUUUCCUAUGCAAAAAGUUCUAUGCAUAUGCAAUAAUAUAGCUUCAUCCAUUAAAGCAGCUAAGCGAUUCGUAGAAAUAACAGGUUAUUCAUCUGGUGUUUGUGUAUACUCAAGCUUGAAAAAGAAUGCUCGUCAUCUCAAAUGGAUGCAACUUGAUAUUGUAUUUGCUACUGCAGAGAGUAUUGUUGCGGAAAUAAAAGAUAAAGAAGGAUUAUCAGAAAUUUGUCUAAUUGUAGUGGAAGACGCUCAUCGUGCCAUGUCUGGUUCUCAUCCUUUGUCUACAUUGAUUCGAAAUUGUAUUUUUGCAAAAGCUACAUUCCGUGUUUUGGCAUAUAUGGACUAUAAAAUUGAUAAUGUUGGACAGCUACAAUUAAUUGUGAUGAAUCUUCAAAUUGAUUUGAUAAGAUCAUUAAGUUUCCUAAAGGAUGAUGUUUCAUUGACUGUUGCUUCACAUCGAAUGCAAAAGGUUUACGUAAAGAUAGAUGAUAAGAUGCGACGUGUUGCGAAGGAAUUAUUGAAAGCACUUGAACCCUUGGCAUUGUUACUCUGUGAAGGUGGAGUUAUUCCUUCAAAAGAUGUGAAGAAAAUUGCAAAUUUUUCUAUAUCGUAUUUGCAAAGCAAAGUUCAGCAAAGUAAAACAAGUCAUUUGGUGGAAAUUUACUGUGAUUUUUUUGACCUUUUAUCAUCAUAUAAUAUUUUGAUGUGUUAUGGUCUAACUGCUUUUGGUAAUAGUCUUCAAGCUUUAACUUCCCGAAGUACAGUUAUAGCAGAUAUUGUGCAGUCAAAUGAACUUUUGAAGGAAAUUUGCUUUUUGCCAACAAUUUCAAGGCCUGACGAUUUACAGUGUUAUAAACUAGAUACGCUUGUGUCACUACUAAUAAAUACUCGUACAGUUUACGAAACUGGGAAGCAGAUGACAAUUUCGGAAAAUAUGCUGAAAGAUGGAAAGUGCAAUGUCAUUAUUGCACCAUGUGGUUCUGAUGCAUCUGCAGUAAAUGCUGGUUUUUUGGAUUUUUUAAUUUGUUUAGAUGAGGGCCUUUGCACUCUUCGUAAUACAGCCAAUAUUAAAAUAACAGUAAACGGAAAUCUUUUUGCUAUAUGUUGUGCAGGCUAUGAAACGAAUAUCUACAGUUUCAUGGGAGCUGAAUCAACUAUUGAUUGCAUACCAUCAGAACAUAUUCAUGGUCUACAAUUAUGCAAUGAUGUUCCACGGAUGCUACCGUCCACUGUUUCUCCUGAAAUUGUUGAGUACUGGGCUGAAAACGUGGACCAUAACGAUGGCUUGUUGGCAGAAGUCGAACGUUUGGACUUUAAAGAGCUGCUUAAACAUGAUGACCCAUGUUUUCAUUCGAAAAUUUUUAAAGACAACUGUAAAUUGUUGGAUGUCUGUGUCAAAAAUACAUUUUCCUGCCAGGGCCAUGUUCAUUCUUCUACAUUGCUUGGUCAUAGUAUUACUACUGUGAAUAUGACGAAAAUACUCGGUAAAGAUCUUAAAGUUCUGGAAGAACAAGUUUCUAGGUUAAAAACUAGACGAAAUAGUAAGUGGAUCGAAGAAGAUUCUGAGCAGUCGGAUUCUAAUAAAGAUGGCAAGAAAUUAGACUUGAGAGUAACUGUAUAUUUCGUUUAUGUUAUGUGUAUUCAGAACUCACCAAAAAAGUGCAAUGUAAUGAAGGUACCGCGAGUCAACCGUGUAGAGUCAGCCAGUUUUACGCUUUUAAAUGUUUUAAAACCAGAGGUUCGUUUUUCUCACGAAUACCUUAGUUUCUAUUUUAAAUUGGGCUCGCAGUUUUUUGAAUGA